UGACUGCGUACAUGGUGGUGUUGUUUAGAACAAAUGAUCACUAAAUAGAAAAUCUGAAUAAAUUCAGACAGUAUCAGUUAACACUAACCUUCAAUUUAAAGUAAUACUUUGGAUGGAAAAGAAAAUGAUCAAAGUUAGAGUAUUUUGCGCCCGGAACCCCAGCACUUAUACGCCCAUGAGAAGUUGCAGAUUUCAAAUAUUUUCUCGUAUUUGGACUGCUUUGUACCAAUAAAUCUUUUUGAAACCUCAAAAGGAUAAACUUGUGGGCUCGUUGGUAUAUAGCAUCAUGUAGUGUAGCGCAAACGGAAUAUAAUUUUUGGAGGACGCUUGAGCUUCUCCUUUAAGAGUGGAACGCGACAGCAUUCAAAGAUUCCUGACUGCUUCUCACGGUUCCCGUCAACUGUAGCUUAUGUAAUCGUAAUGGUUACCGGGAAACGCUGCCAGCGAAUCUAUGCACGAAGGCGAGCUUUCUGGUAGAAACGCGGCCUCUUGCGUGUGCCGCGGAUGCGCGGAGGCUAGCGCCAUCUGGAUGGUGUUUUAAGAAAUCGGGCGCGCCGCUCUAUGGAUGGUAGAAACGCUGGAAAAGGGCUUUGUGCUUGAGUUAUCCCGAAUCAUAUUUUCUCGGAUAUCCAAAGUACAAUCCGAUGCUAUCACUUCAGUAGGUCAUACUUUAUACGAUUUUUCUGACGCAUAUUACUUUGAAAGAAAAAAAUCAGUUUAGUAACGUCUUUGCGCUACACGGAGGGCCUGCGUAGUUGGGUAAGUGUGAUUCGGAGUGUCUGUCUUCUUCCCUCGGAAGACGGUCGACGCUGGACGCGGGAUGCCUAAGUCGUAUUUGUAUCGUAAUCUGUAUCUAAUCUGCUCAGCAUGCAGCGCGCUCUGUGUUCAUGGCACGAUACGCCCCCAUGUGAUAAGGGCGUUACCCGCCUGUUCACAACGUGUAUAAAACCAGUGCUGAAUAAACGCUGGGGCUCACUUUUGCCCAGCAAGUGACACACGACGUGUCGUCGUCUGCUCCACUCGAUGCAUGGUGUCAGAAGUGGUUAGCAUGGCAAUGCACUUCCUGCACGACGCGUGAAGACCAGCGAUCCUGUGGCGGAAAAUGGAUUUCCUCAAAGCACCGGAGCCGCUCCUUACAACAGGCGACCUGCGCAAGAACUGGCAGCUCUUCAAACAAAGGUUUGAAAUUUUCCUCACGGCGUCAGAGGUCGCAGAAAAGCCUCGGACUGAGUCCAAGAAGACAGCGUUGCUUUUGAGCGUCGCGGGCGCAGAGGCCAUUGAAGUCUUUAACACCUUCACGUUUGCAGCAGGCGAGAAGAACGACGACUAUGCCACAGUGGUGAAAAAAUUUGAUGAGUAUUGCAUUGCACAGACCAAUGAGGUUCACGAGCGGUAUAUGUUCAGGAGAAGAAUCCAAGCUGCUGGGGAACCAGUGGAGCAUUUCUUACGAGACCUGAAGAAUCAAGCACGUGCUUGCAACUUUGGAGCUUUGGCGGAAUCGAUGGUCAGGGACCAAAUUGUGUUCGGGAUAAAUGACGACACGGUACGUGAAAAGCUCCUCAGGGACAACAACUUGACCCUGCAGAAAGCAGAACAAGCCUGUAAAGCAGCUGAAGCAUCAGCAACUCACAAGGAAAUGUGGAACCAGGAACACCAAGUGCAUCCUAUCAGCAGGACUAGCACGAGCCGCGAAAACCGAGAACAGACACGUUAUGACUGCCGAAACUGCGGCGGAAAACACUCCCCAAGAAGGUGCCCUGCUUUUGGAAAAACGUGCCGGAGAUGUCAGCGGAAAAACCACUUUGCCAGAUGUUGUAAAGCGACGGCAGUUGUUGGCGAGUUGCAAAGCGGCCAAGACGAUUUCGAGAUUCUCGAUGUAUCCGCAAAGAAUGUGUCCAGCAAGCAUGACUGGACGGUGGAAGUCCAAAUCAAGAACGUGGCAGUUCAGUUAAAGGUUGACACGGGAUCGCAGGUAAAUUUGUUGCCUUAUGGAUUAUACGCCAAAAUGAACCCACAGCCGCCCCUGUACCCCAGCAGCGCGAUUUUACGCUCCUACGGCGGAGAUGUAAUCAAACACAUUGGCGUCAUGCGGGCCGAAGUCUCUUUAAAUGGUUGCAUUGCCAUGCUGAGCUUUUUCGUGGCACGAAAGGGGCGCCAAGCAAUCCUAGGACUUGAGGCGAGUGAACGCCUGGGACUGAUUUCACGCGUGAACAGCGUGUCGCAAAACAGCUCUGAAGAAGUGGUUGCCAGCUUUCGUCACCUUUUCACUAGCACCGGCUGCGUCAAACGAGUAUACCACAUGGUGCUUCGCAAGGACGCCACGCCAGUGGUUCAGAGACCUCGUCGAGUGCCACUGGCUUUAGAGGAGCCACUUCGGGAGGAGUUGUCACGUAUGGAACAAGCCGGAAUAAUUGCAAAAGUCACUGAGCCAACAGACUGGGAAAACAGCUUCUACUGGCGGACAUGCUGUCCAGGGCUUCCGUUAAGGGCGCAGCAGAUAACGCAGACAACAACGACGACGUCGAAGUGCACGCAGUCAACUCCACUGGAAUGCGGCUGGUCACCAGCCGAAAUAUUACAGGGACGCUCGCUGCGAACAACUCUACCAGCCGUUCAGGUCGGACAAAGCCGGCGGGUUGACAAACGCCAGCAAAAAGACUACUCAAGAGGGCCACUCGCACCGCUCAACAACGGCGAAACGGUCAGAAUAAAAGACAGCUCAUCAUGGAGAAGAAAGGCUCGGGUUCUUCAGUCGUCUGGUCAACCAAGGUCAUACGUUGUCAUGACUGAAGACGGGCAACUCUUGCGACGCAACCGCGAGCAUCUGCUGCCAACCAGAGAAUCUUUUCGCCUUAGCGGUCCUCCUCACGACGACGAAGGUGUUUUUCAAGAAUACGCUGCCCCUGCCAGCACACAACACGACCCAGAGGCGGCGCAAAACCCAAACAGCACAGCGAGCAUUGUGCCGACAGUUCCGCAACAAGCAGCUGCUCCAAGGACUACAAGACAACGCAGACCACCUCGGCGCUUAAUGUAUGACGCGAACUUUCAACAAGUGCCGUGACUGUAUUCAGUGCUCUGAUCUUUGCUGUAGUUUUGGAUGUGCAGUGAUUCUUUAACUUUCUUUUUGUUCUCCCGAGCUAAAAGCGCUCCUUUUCCUUAGUUUUUUUUUUUCGUUACGAAGGGGAUGUAUCGUAAUCUGUAUCUAAUCUGCUCAGCAUGCAGCGCGCUCUGUGUUCAUGGCACGAUACGCCCCCAUGUGAUAAGGGCGUUACCCGCCUGUUCACAACGUGUAUAAAACCAGUGCUGAAUAAACGCUGGGGCUCACUUUUGCCCAGCAAGUGACA